CAGCCGUAUACACUCGCUGACCGGCUCGAGGUGUUUUUCUUUUUUUUUUUCUGCGGCGAGCGGCGCUAAUUGUCGCGUUGACCUCGGCCGCCAGUCGACUACCCCGACCCUUCCUUUUUAUUUCUUUUUUAUACGCGAGCCUCAACUGCUCGUGCCAUAACCGCACCACAUCCUGCGUCACACGCACCUCUGGCCGCCGCUUGACCGUGAAAAACACGACGCGUGCCCGACUGGUUGGACCGCGUGCGGCUCGUAUACGCCUUGUGGGCAUCAUCGGCCGGCCGUGUUUGUGAGUGUGCCCCUCGCAGUUUCGUUUGUUUGUUCUCUCCGGCUCGGUCUGUCUGCUUCGUGAGCGGUUUCCAUGGAGAUGUCGGUGACGGCCAACCCCGCGGACCCCGAAGCCCCCGCCGACAAGACCGACCAGGAGCUGCUCAGGAACUGCAGCGGCGCCGAGGCGCUCACCGAUGGCUCCUCGCUGCAGGACAGCCUCACCAAGAAGUCGCACCGGUCGGUCGCCUCGCUCCUGGUGGUCUUCCUCAACGCCCUGGUGCCGGCCAGGACCCUGGUCGAGCUCGCCACCGAGGUUCUGCUGGCCGCUCUCGCCGUCUACGUCAUCCUCUCCAUAUCCGGGGCUUUCCAGGUGGGCUCCAGUCCCGGCAUGUGGCGUCCCGCGUUCCGCUGCGACGAUCCGAGCCUGCAGUCUCCGUUCCAGUCCGAGAGCGUUCGCACCCGCGACCUCGUCAUCUUCGUGGUCACCGUGCCGCUGGUCUUGCUGCUCGUGUUGGAGUUCCGCCGUACCGGCGCCCCGCUGCGCGACCGCUUCUUCUGGAGCGGGCGCCUGCUGCGGCGUUACCUGGUGGGCCUCCUGUUGGUGACCACGGUGACGCAGCUGCUGAAGGACGCCGUCGCCGAGAAGCGCCCCUACUUCCUGGACGCCUGCAAGCCUGUCUUCCGGAACCAGCGCAAUGCCACCCUCCUUUGCCAGGCUUCACUGGUUGCCGUUCUUCCAACUGUGACAACGGCUUCACCACUCAUUACGGACUACGUCUGCAGCGGGCCUCCAAAAGAUGUGGUGCGGGCCUUUGACUCUUUCCCAUCGGGACACACGAGUGUCAGUUGUUACGUCGGAUUCUACCUUGUUGGAUAUCUUGUGUGGAGGGGGGAUUCAGUGGCCCCGUCAGCAGCCCGCGUGCUUCUCGUGGCCUUGCUAAUUGCUUCAGCCGUAGCUGUGUCCCUGUCCAGGAUUGUGGAGCGAAUGCAUUUUUGGUGGGAUGUCGGUGUAGGUGGGGCAUUGGGUCUUGUCGGGGCUGUAGUGUUUAUCUUGUGGCCCUUUUCCUGAUGCUUGUUUCAGCACGAUCCGAAGAAAGGGUCGUCCAGUGAUUUAUCAAGUUGCGACUUGUGAGCAGCUGCAUUUGGUUCAGGUUCUCGCCAUUCUGCAAGUUAUGGCUGAGACUGACACGACACUGUUUAUUUGCCAUUGUUAUUGUUUUCCGAGUUCGUCUCUUCCAUGCAAUUGGGGCACCCCCAUUGCCAAUAUGCCAUUGUUUUCACAGUGAAUCUGUUUGGCAUUGUGCAUAGCAUGAAGCUGACAAAUGUUUUCAUAUGUGCUUCAAUAGAAUCAUUGAGUCAACAGAUGCUUUGGAUUCUUUGGUAACUAUCAGAGGCACAUUAGACAUCAGGAGUGUUUGAGUAUAAUUUGUUGUCAUCAAUUUCUGCUUGUGUACUACUAGUAUGGAGGAGAAAAGGGCACAUUUGUUUGCCGUAUCAUUUCUUGAUCUGCUGUUGCAGCCUGUGUGACGGGAAAAUGUUGAGAAAAGUUGUUCCUUUCACAGAUAGGCUUCGUAUUUAAAUUGUUUGAAAUGUUAGUGAUGUAGCAGUUUCAACUAUUUCUCGAUACAGAUCGUGUUUGCAGCAUAAAUGGGAUCUAGCAUUCGCCUAUAAAGCUUAAUGCCUGAACGAAACUUUUACAAGGUUAUAGAAGGGGCAUUACUAACUAGAAAUAGUUACGCAAUUAUUACUGUGCCCAAAAUUUUUAUUCGAAGUACAAAUGAACCUUUUCACUGGAAUUUUUUUUCUGUGCCUCGCAGUGAAUAUUGGUUGUGAUGGAAAUUUCGACGCAUUUUUUUCUGCACAUUUACAUGCAUUUAAGGUUAACAUUUCUAUGGCUUUUGGAGGAACACAAUGCUCAUUAUACUUGUUCUCAGCUGAGGGCAACACAUGAAAAGAAAGUUCGCUAAGAGCAAUAUUUUAUAUAGAUUGCGCCAUAUAUUCAUACAUCCUCCUGUUGACAUUUAUAGGGGCCAAAAGAUGUGGCAGCCAGUUGGCAAAGGUCACACCUAUAGGAAGAGGCAUGAUGUACAUUUUACAAGUGGGAGUUCUUGGCUUUUCAUGGACUCUAUAUGCCUAAUUCACUUUUUCAUAAGCCUUUCAUAAAGCCAGUUAUCAGCGGCCUUGACUAUUCAGAGCUUGAACCAGACCUACUGGGCUAUGAGCUGCCAUUCUACUCCGAAACUGAACUUUGCUGUGAUGAAUAAGUCAUUCUCUUUGCCUUGAGCAUUCCUAUAUAUUUCAGAGUUUAAUGUAUUGUCUGUUAUGCCGCUUGUAGAUGUCAUUGUGGCUUUUAUGAAAACACGUGUUUGAAGUGCCAAAUUAUGCAGUUGUUGGUGUUUAUGCAGCCUUUAUAUUACAUGUUCUAGUCUUACCUGUGCAAGUAUAAAUGAACUAGAAUUGUUGCGCAACUGAUAUAUUGUAUAGCACUGUACAUGGUAGCUACCUUUUCAAAGAAAUAUUUAGCAUGCUUGAUGCAGCUGUCUAGAAGCCGUACACUUUUAGAGUUGCUCUUGUUCUACAUUUUUGCAAAUGCUCAUGUACGGCACCUUCAAUGUUUUGCAAGCUUUUAGCAAGAAAUACUUUUUUUCUAUUGCAUAAUACUUGUCAAUUAUGUUACCUAACACAGAGAAUUCAUUUGUUCCAUAUAACUUUGUUGCCUUUUCAUGUACGCUUGUAUAAGAUCAAUAAUUUUAGCCAAAGAAUUUUGGUUUACAAAGGAUGUUUCAUAAAUAUGCAAGAAAGCUUUUUUUUUUUGAGUAAGCAAAGAUGAAAACUACAUUUUGCAGAGAUUUGGAUUUUGCCUUAACAAUUGAUGACUAGCAUAAGAAUCUUGUACAUCAACAUGUUCAUAUGGGGCCAAUCAAUCGUGAGCUCAACCUAUUGACUCUACCUUCCCAAACUUUACCAUUCUUCAGCAUAGCAAGUUUAUGUAGAUUGCAAAAGUUAAAACAGCUAUUCUACCUGGAAAAAAAAAAAGUUGAGGGAUGUGUUCUGCUGUACUUGUUUCUUAUAUACAUACUAUAUAUGCAAAAAAAAAUUGAUUAUAUGCAUUCUUACAUGCCUACUCAACAGCACCCAAGGUGCCUAUCAUUCAAGUCAAUCAUUGCAUUUGUUCUUGGCUGCUGUGGGCACAUAAGACCUACCAUGCUGGGAUACACUACAUCACCAUGCCUUUUUCUCGUGAAUUGCAGCAUGCAAAGGGCAGAUUCCGCACCCAUCUUGGAUCUGAGUGUGCCUGUGUUCAUGUGCAGUCAUUGUGUUAGUCAACAGAAUAUUUUAUUUACAUAAAUGUGCAGUGUUUCUCGUGCCUGUCCUUUCGUAUAGCAGGUGUGUAUUUUCUAUUAAAAAAAACUGACUACCAAAUGUAACAUUGUUUUUCAUAUUGCUACCUAGUCAAUAAACACGUUUUGGUGUUACCCAAAA